AUGGGCUCAGGAACACAGCCAGCUGCCCAAGUGACACCUGGAAAUGGGCAGGUUUCUAUAGUCAGGAGCCUGGGGCAGGCUUGCACUCAGUGCCUAAAGACUUUGCGUUUUGACUUCGUUACAGUCCAUCCAGAGUCUCCUCCAAUCCCUUUUCCUUUUAUAGAUAAAAUCAGGGAAGGUGGGAGAGGAGAAGCCGGAAAAGUCGCAGCGAGCUGGAGCCGCCGGAGUAAUGGAGGGGAAAGUACCAGUCGCAGCGCUGAGAAGAGAUCAGCUGAAGAAGAAGCUGCAGACCUCCCAGCCAAGCCCACAAACAUCUCCAAGUUUGGAUUUGCCAUAGGUAGUCAGAUGACAAAGAAAGCAUCAGCUAUAGCCAUCAAACUUGGAUCAAGUAAGCCUAAAGAAACCGUUCCAACUCUUGCUCCAAAAACACUGUCAGUAGCAGCGGCUUUUAGUGAAGAUGAAGAUAGCGAACCAGAAGAAAUGCCUCCAGAAGCAAAGAUGAGAAUGAAGAAUAUUGGAAGGGAUACACCAACAUCAGCUGGACCAGACUCAUUCAAUAAAGGAAAGCAUGGGUUUUCUGAUAACCAGAAGCUAUGGGAACGAAAUAUAAAAUCUCAUCUUGGAAAUGUCCAUGACCAAGACAAUUAAAUGAUGUGUUUGAAAUUGGGGUGUGGGGUGGGUGUAAAGUUAAAAGGAACAGUUUCCUUUUUUAAAGAAUGGUAUAAGACUAUCUUUGGAGCCGCCUUUUUUUUUCUCUUUUUUAAAGAUUGAGUGGUACACUAAUAAAUGAGAGUUUGAAAUUAGAGGUAAUUUAUGUUUUAUAUACAGAUUUCAAGACCUUUGCUAAUUUUGUAGUUUCAUGUGAUUAGUUUCCAAAGGUUACGGAUAAUAAAGAAAUCAGAAAUGGUACCUUUUUAAGAAUUGCAUAUUUUUUUAGACACAACUAUUAGCACAUUGAGAGGGAAGCAAAAGUUAUUGUCUAUUUAAAACUGCAAGCAAUUACUCUCUUAACUCCCUCAUCACCUAAACUGUCUGGCUCCCAGGAACAGCCUUAUAGAGGGAGCAUUGUAUUGGGAGGGAAAUGUUACUGAACUAUUGACUGAAAGUAAAUUUAGAUAAAAU